AUGAUAUUUCUCCUAUUGAUAAAUUCGUUACAUUGGUCAACUUUAGAUAUCGCUUUGAUAAAAUCAACAAUUUUGACAGGAAGAACCAAAAUUCAAGAAACAGAAAAUAAUCAAUCAACUAACCAUGCAAAAUUAGACUGUUUUUUGGAAUUACAAAAUCAGUUGCGCAAUCUGUAUUUGGUUGAUAUUAUUCAGUCAGAGAGAUUAACUCGUGUAAAAUUGGAGAACUCACCAUAUUUUAGUACACAGCAAACAUGUCAAGAAAUUUGUACUAAACUACCAGUUAUACCUUUAAACAUGUCGCGUAAAUAUACUCCAAUUGGUAAUCUUACCGUUUCUAAAGAACUUUCAACAAAUUUGAAAGAAGUGAUCAAUUUAAACAAACCACAUAUUCAAGGUGGCGGUUGGACAUAUAAAACAUCUGACAAAUGUAACAACAAUACUGAAAAAUAUAAUCAAACUGGUGUUGCUAUAGUUAUAGCAUUUCGUGAUAGAUGGAUUCAAUUGACAAGUGUAUUAUCAACACUAAUACCAAUGUUACGCCGUCAAAGAUUAUGCUAUCGAAUAUUUGUUAUAGAAGAAGCUGGUAAUGGUUUAUUUAAUCGAGGUAUGAUUUUCAAUGUUGGUUUCAUGGAAGCUAUGCAAAGAUUUCAUUUUGAUUGUGUUGUUUUUCAUGAUGCUGACUUAGCUCCAAUAAAUGAUUUAAACCCUUAUGGAUGUGACAAACAAACAUUCAAACAACCAGUACAUCUUGGUGUUGGUUUAGAUAUUAGAAAUUUUCGUCUAAACUAUCCAAAACUGAUUGGUGGUGUAUUAAAGAUGUCAAACAAGCAUUUUGUUCAAGUUAAUGGACAUUCUAAUCUCUAUUGGGGUUGGGGUCAAGAAGAUGAUGACUUAGAAAGACGAUUAGAACAUGAGAAAAUUGAUUAUUAUCAAAUGUCUCCUAGUAUUGCACGUUAUAAAGCUUUACCACAUGAAACACAGAAUAAGGGAGGAAAUCCACGAAAAAUUCAUCUCAAACUUUUAGCUACAGCUGUCCAACGAAUGCAUCAUGAUGGACUCUCUACAUUAGAUUAUAAAGUAUUAAAAGUAACUGAACAUAAACUAUUCACACAUAUAUUAGUAGAUUUAGGAAUUCAACCGAAAUUUUAUAAUUGUGAUUGA